AUGGGCGAAUUCUUCUUCGAAAGGUCAUUUACUGACGACUUGCUUUACCUGCUUGCCAUGCCGGCCGUCCCUCUCCCCACCGAAACGCCGGCGCAUUUUAAUACGACUAGGCGAAAGCCGCCUGCCGGCUCGUGGGCGGGAGACCGCAUCAUUCUCCUCGGCGCUUGGGUCGAGGAGUGGCCAGAAAGCGUGGAGGAGGCAGAAUCACCCGCGACGCUCUACAACGAGGCCCACUGUAUCGACAAAGUCAUUUUCAGUUAUGGUGGUAGCAAAGAAGAAGCAUACCCACAGGAGCGUGUCUGGGUACUCCGGAACCUGUCACAGAAGAUUUAUGUGCGCUCCGAUCGUUUACCCGCACGCGUCUACGGCGGCGGAGAGCAUAGCCUCGUCUUACCGGGGGAGGAGGGGUACAUCCAGCCAGGGUUGAGGAGCACCCCAAGGUUGAUUAACGUUCUUCUGGCGAGGAUUGGUUGGUCGGAAGAUCCCUCAACAGCAAUGGCAUGCGACAUGGAGUUGACGGAAGGGGAGUGGGCUGGCGAUCGAGUUGAUAUUCGUUUGUUGGAAGGCGCUGAUCUCGAGGGCUGGGUCGAUGCAAGUGAUGAUGAGGCAGGUAGAUUGCAGACGAUAUGGUCGGAGGAUGGUGUACCCAUGUGGCAUUUGUAG